CUGAGCAGCGGCGGCAGCAGCAGAGGCAGCGACGGGGUGGCGGAGACGGUGUUGGGGGUGCGGGCCCCGGCCUGGCAGCGGAGCGGGAGGCCGGGGAUGCGGCUGCGGCAGCAGCGGGGGGGCCCGCGGGACUAGGCCGGGCACCGGGAUCCCGGGACGGGGCAGCAUGAAGCUGAAGAAGCAGGUGACGGUGUGCGGCGGCGCCAUCUUCUGCGUGGCCGUCUUCUCGCUCUACCUCAUGCUCGACCGCGUCCAACAUGAGCCGGGACGGCGGCACGGUGGCCUCAGCUUCCCGCGGAAUCAGAUCUCAGUGCUGCAGAACCGCAUCGAGCAGUUGGAGCAGCUGCUGGAGGAAAAUCACCAGAUAAUCAGCCACAUCAAGGACUCUGUGCUGGAGCUGACUGAGAACGCAGACACCCAUCCUGGUCUGAUCACCUUCCAAACAAACGGCUCCUGGCUUGUACCCACUGACAAUCACCACACCUUCCUCUCGGUGGUUCCCCAGGAUUGCCAGGUUGCCCCUGGGAAUAAAGAACAAAAGCCAGACCUCCAGAUGCUGGAUGUUUAUUCAGCCCUGAAGUUUGAUAACGUGGAUGGCGGGGCUUGGAAGCAGGGCUUUGACAUCUCCUACGAUCAGCACGAGUGGGACAAAGAGCCGUUACAUGUGUUUGUGGUGCCCCAUUCCCACAAUGAUCCAGGGUGGAUUAAGACAUUUGACAAAUAUUACUUUGACCAGACACAGCAUAUCCUGAACAACAUGCUGAUGAAGCUCCAGGAGGACCCAAAGCGACGCUUUAUUUGGGCAGAGAUCUCCUUUUUCUCCAAGUGGUGGGACAACAUUGAUACUCAGAAAAGGGCAGCUGUCCGUCGGCUGGCAGCUGAUGGUCAGUUGGAGUUUGUGACUGGAGGCUGGGUCAUGACCGAUGAAGCUAACUCUCACUACUUUGCAAUGGUCGAUCAGCUAAUCGAAGGACAUCAAUGGCUGGCGAAAAAUAUAGGAGUGAUCCCACGAUCAGGAUGGGCUAUCGAUCCUUUUGGACACAGCUCAACCAUGUCCUAUCUGCUCAAACGUUCGAACCUGACCAGUAUGCUCAUCCAACGAGUGCACUACUCCAUCAAAAAACACUUUGCAGCCACCAAAAGUCUGGAAUUCAUGUGGAGGCAGACUUGGGACACUGACUCCAGCACGGAUAUUUUCUGCCAACUCAUGCCCUUCUACAGCUACGACGUCCCUCACACCUGCGGGCCGGACCCCAAGAUCUGCUGCCAGUUUGACUUCCGCCGCCUCCCUGGAGGACGGAUCAGCUGUCCUUGGAAAGUCCCACCCAAGGUGAUCAAUGAUGACAGCGUGGCAGAGAGGGCAAAUUUACUUUUGGAUCAAUACCGGAAGAAGUCCAAACUGUACAAGAGCAAAGUCGUCCUGAUUCCGCUCGGCGAUGACUUCCGUUACGACAAAGCGCUGGAGUGGGACCAGCAGUUCCAGAAUUAUGAGAAGCUCUUCAACUACAUGAACUCCCACCCGGAGCUCCACGUACAAAUACAAUUUGGGACCCUGUCCGAGUACUUUGAUGCGGUGUACAAGAAGAAUGGUGUCAGCCCUGGCAGCAAACCCCCAUCCUACCCUGUCCUCAGCGGCGACUUCUUCACCUACGCCGACCGCGAGGACCAUUACUGGAGCGGGUAUUUUACCUCGAGACCUUUCUACAAGAACCUGGACCGUGUGCUGGAGUCACAUCUCAGAGCAGCUGAGAUCCUGUACAGCCUAGCCCUGAAUCACGCCCGGCGGUUCGGCGUGGACAUUAAGUACCCAGUCUCUGAUUAUCACUUUUUAACGGAAGCUCGGAGGAACGUCGGCUUGUUCCAACAUCACGACGCCAUUACCGGCACCUCGAAGGAAGUAGUGGUUGUCGACUACGGACUCAGGCUCUUCCACUCGUUGAUGAAUUUGAAGCGGGUGAUAAUUAAUGCAGCUCACCUCUUGGUGUUACAGAACAAAAACGACUUCAUAUACGAUGAAUCUUCACUUUUCCUGCAGAUGGAUAACAAACGGCAAAAUCAUGACAAACUACCAGAGAAAACGGUGAUAAAAUUCGAAAGUCUUCCCAGGCACUUGGUUGUGUUCAAUCCUGUCGAACAAGAGCGUCUCUGUGUUAUUUCCGUACUCACCACCUCGCCACGGGUCAAGGUUACACUAAUCGAUGGCAGCACUCUGCCCAUGCAGAUCAGCGCCGUGUGGAAAGCGGCAACUGACAUGGCGGCAGAUACAUACCAGGUUUCCUUUGUUGCUCGUCUCCCUGCUCUGGGGCUUGCAGUGUUCCAGCUCUCUGAAUCAGCUAACACGCCAGUGAAUUCCAACACCGCCAUCUACUUGCGCAACCGAGAUGUAACCGUGAGUAAGAAGGAGCCAUUCAGCGUGAAGAUCCUGGAGUCCGCGACUGAUGAUUUCUUCAUCGAAAACCAGCAGAUGCAAGUGUGGUUUAAUGGAGUAACUGGACUGAUGGAGAACAUCAAAAGGAAAGAUGACCAGCAGGAGCAAAAGGUGCGGAUGGAGUUUAUGUGGUACGGGACACGGAACUUUAAAGAUAAGAGUGGUGCAUACCUCUUCCUACCUGAUGGUGAAGCCAGGGCCUAUAUGUCCAAACAGACUCCCAUCACUCGGGUUACGGAGGGGCCUUUGUUCUCGGAGGUUGUCACCUUCUAUCGGGAUUUCCAGCAGAGAAUUUGUCUUUACAACUUGCCAGGAGUUGAGGGGCUUUCGCUAGAUGUUUCCAUUGUGGUUGACAUCCACGACCAGGUCAACAGGGAGCUGGCAGUGCGAUUGUCCACUGGGAUUGAAAGUGGAGACAUGUUCUUCACUGAUCUGAAUGGGUUUCAGAUUCAAACACGGAAAUUCUUACGGAAAUUGCCACUUCAGGCCAACUUCUACCCCAUGCCAGCCAUGGCCUACAUUCAGGACAAUCGCUCACGUCUCACGGUGCACACCGCUCAGUCUCUUGGGGUGUCCAGCCUACACAGUGGUCAGCUGGAGAUUAUUCUGGAUCGGCGGUUGAUGCAGGAUGAUAAUCGCGGCCUUGGACAAGGGCUGAAGGACAACAAAGUGACCUGCAACAGGUUCCGCAUCCUGCUGGAGAGGAGAACGACCACAAGCAAACCCACUGGCUUACUGUCAAGGCUGUACUCCAUGUUACAGGCGCUCACAGCCUCCAUCUUUUCCCGGAUCACCACCCACGAGGUGCAGGACAGCAGGCCGGUGAGCUUCCCCUCUUUGCUCAGCCACGUGACGUCGAUGCUGCUGAACCACGAGGUGCUGGUGAUGCCGGUGACGCCCCAGCAGCAGAGCGCUCCACCCAUCCGAUCCUGGCGCCUGCUCUCUGCUGCCAUACCUUGCGACUUCCACCUGCUCAACAUCAGAACUCUGCAAUCUGAGGUGGUUUCAGCGCCAGGGUUGGAAGCUGCUCUGAUCCUUCACCGGAAAGGGUUUGACUGCGGGCUGGAGGCCAGGAGCCUGGGCUUCAACUGCACGACCACACAGGGCAAGUUAUCCGUGGGCUCCCUGUUUCAGGGCCUGGAUGUAGUUAACCUGCAGCCAUCAUCCCUGACCCUCCUGUAUACAGCCAAGCCUGUCAACAGCAGCCUCGUCUUCCUGAGACCGAUGGAGAUCGCCACCUUCCGUAUCCGCAUGGUCUGAGUGGUUCAACGACAUAACUUCCUCGCCUGGAGCUAGCAGCCGCAGGGGAGCAGCCAAAUUAGCAGUAGGAACCGCGACUCUUGAAUCCGUACACCCCAAGCAGCUGUAGGGGAGGGGGCUGUGUGUGUGUGUGUGUGUGUGUGUGUGCGUGUGUGUGUGUGUGUGGGGGCAGACGGAACUGCGAGACGUGGAGCUGAACAAAGCUCUUCAGUUUGAAUCAAACUGUGGAUUUCAAGUUGCUUGUGCACUGAAAGCAGAGCAGCAGCACCCGAACCCAAUGCACUUUAUGUCGAAACUCUACGGGCAGUUUAUGCAUUUACCACUACAGUAUGCGUCACUUCAUCACUUUAACGGGCAAGCCUGGCGUGAUUGUCAAUUCAUAACUUCAAAAGGAAGGAAUCGAGCUCCGGGGAAUCUGAAAAUGGUCAGUUUACUUCCGCCCCAGUCGUGCCGAAAGCGUGAAGUGUUCCAAGUGUGAACGAGUCAGCCGUGUGCACGGGCGUUGGAGUAGUCUGAACAUUACAUUGCCCACUGUACAAAUCUUGUGUUGUGAUCUGACUUGUGCAAUGCAUUCCUCCCAAGGCCUCUGCCGUUCAAAGCCAGGGUGGGAGCGGUUCUUCAGAAGUGCUUCCCCUGUUACAGAAGAAUGUGGCACGGAAUGAUCCGAGACUCGUGUGAACUCGUGUGCGCCUGGCUGCUGCAUUGUGUCGUGUACAUCAGAGGCCAGUUGAUCCUCCACUACCACAUGGUUCAGGACUUGUCCAGACCCAGGAGCCUGGAAUGUUUCAAGCCCUUGCCUUCGUCCGUCAGCAUCUCCUGGGGUAUCUGUGGUUUUGCUGCAAACUCCACCUGAAGCUGGCACCUCCCACAGACACUGCUGGUGGGUGGCGGGAUGUCACGACAUUUACCACCCAGCGCAAGGCCCGAAGUGUCCGGAUCAGCAGUGAACAUGCUGCGACGCACAGCAGCUCUGGAGAGAUCACACACACAGCAGAACGGUCUGCCCUGUCUGAGCCACCUCCAGCCAAGCUCCCGGGCUGAAACACUCUGCAGCAUUCGGAAGUAUGAGCUGUGCAUUUUCAGCGAUUCUGUGUCUGAUUCCUCAGCAUUCUUUAGAUGUGAUCUGAUUAACACAGUGUGAGUGGUCUCAUCAUCAGAUGUGAUCAGAUUCACAAAGUGUGAACGGUCCGAUCAAUAGAUCCGAUCUGAUUCCAUGAGCGGACUGAUCAAUAGAUCUGAUCUCAUUCACACAAUGUGAGCUCUCUGAUCGUCCGCAAAUUGACAGGAGUAAAUACUUCUGAAAGUUUAUUUUUUAAAGUUAACUCGCUGCUCUUGGAAUGAAUCACAUUUUAAAUAAGAAUAUGUUUGAGGCAAUAAAGGAUAUUUAGAUAACCAGCAAUUGAAAAAUUAUGAAUUCCUCAGUUUAAACGAGGGAAAAUGCUGAGUAGAAACGCCAAGUAAAACAUUCAGGAAGAAUUAAGUCUUACAUUAAAUCAGCUGUAAUAGUAGUUCAAGGUAUUCUAUAACAAAAAAAAAUCAUAUGAAGAAAAUUAAAAGGCGUCCAAGUGUUAGAUGAGUGAAAUUAAUCUAAGUUCUAGAUUUUUGGAGGGAAUUCUUGUAGCAUUGAUGGGGACCAGGCUUCCUGAAAGGGGACUGCUAAUUUAGUGUAUUCACACCCUCUGCCCUUUCAAAUGUGAAGCCUGUGGGGGAAUGAUUUUGAGCUUAAUAUAUAACACUAGAUGCAGAGCGUCAGACAGGUUGAUAGUAAUGGGCGCAGCAUAAGAGGACAGAUGAAGGUGUGCCAGUGGGUGUUUAUGACCAGAGUGCAGGCUAUUUAUACAAAGGUGGCUUGUCAGAUGUUCCUGUCGUGACUUCUCUCGAUCGGGGGCUACUUUGUGUAAUCCUAGAGUGGCCUUUAAUUGGAUUCCAGGGUCUCCCUCAUGUCCAUCACUCAGUCCUUCUCUGUGUCGGCAACAGACGGGAUUGGGCCGCUGUGUCCCCUGCUGCCAAAGGUCUUGCUUGAACGUGGAGGAUAUUGGAUUUUCCAUCGUCACAGUCAGUCGCACUUUUGUAGGCGCAAAACACACUUGAAAAUACUCAAUAAAACAUCAAUAAAACGUU